ACGAUUAAAGCUCACUAUGGAGACGAAGCCCUAGUAAAAAUGCUAGCUGCGGCGAAGGAAGUUUCGUCCACGAAGUCCAUUGCUGCACGACUGCAGGAUGCCCAGCUCUCGAACUGGGCUACCGGUAGCAGCGGGAAAACGGCAGCCGACGCACUCAAGCUCCUCGGACUGGAACGCGUAGCAGACAACAUUUUGACCAGUCCGGAACUCCACAGAUGGGUCUCGUUCGUG